GCGGCCACAGGCGGCGAUCGGAGCCAUGGCGGAGCUGCCGCUGCCCGCCGGGCUCAGCGCCAGCGCCUUCCCCGCCAAGCUGUGGCGCCUGGUGAACAGCCCCCGCGUCCGCUCCGUGCGCUGGGACAGCCGCGCCCAGGGGCUGCUCGUCGACCGCUCGCUCUUCGAGCGGGAGCUGCUCAGCCCGGGCGACGCCCACGGGGGCGGCGAGGGGGUGGGGCCGACGCCGGACUCCUUCCAAGCCACGCACUUCGGUAGUUUCGUGCGGCAGCUCAACCUCUACGGCUUCCACAAGGUGCCGAGCCGGGUUGGCUCAUCUGAGCCCGGCGAUGCCGGGGGCUGGCUCCACUUCAGGAACCCCAACUUUCGCCGCGACCGCCCCGACCUCCUGCUCCAUAUCAAGCGCCUGACCAGGGCCAACAGGCAGCGGCUGGCAGCGGGGCUGGAGGUGCGCAGCCGCCAGCCCAGCCGCUUCCAGCAGCUCCGCACGGAGCGGCCGCUGGCGUCCUUCCCUGCCGGGCAGCCGCCCAGAGCCGUGCUCUCAUACCAGGACCUCACUGCUGCCUCACCUGAGGGUUUACAGCUGCCUCCAGGCCCUUCCAGGCUAAGCGCAGGUGCUCAGGAGUCUGACCUUUUCCUGACAUCGCCCAAGAAAGUCUUUGCCUCAUCUGGAUUUCUUGGGGUUUCAUCAGAGGAACCAGGCACCAGCAAAUUUCAUCUCAAGCGUGAGCUCAUCAUUCCGCUGGUUCCCAUAGACUGCAGAUGCCGCCCUGAGCUCACGGUUUCUCUGCGUCCCAUAGACCAUCACAGCCCUUCCAUGGCCUCUCCAGAGGGAAGCAGCUGCACAUCUUCAGAGCAGUAUUUGCCAGCCUGCAGUUCAUCAGCCACCCCAGGCACUUCAGGCCCCAGCGCUCCAGCUGGCAGUGCUGGUUUUGCACCAUGGACAGCCCCCAGCUGGCUGUGGAAUACUCCUGGGGAAGAGGAAUUGCCACCACCAGAUCUGGACAUGGUGCUUGAGACGCUGGAGGAGAUGUUUUCUCCCUCUGCUCAGGGGAAUAUUAAUGUUGCCCCAGAGUCUUCAGGAGGGCAGCCUGUGGACAGAGCUGAAGCAGAAGGAGCUUUGCCUGGCACCAGGAGGUGCGGGAACAAUUCCCAGGAGCCCGAAGAGCUUGAUUUCCACCUAAUCUACCUUGCCAGGAGGGCUGCCCUGCGUGAGAAAAAGGAUCGGAGGGAGAGCCUGUGACCAUCGGGCAGGUGGAAUCCCUCCAUUUAUACAUAGAUUUAUAGAUUUCCAUAGUUCUAUUUAUAUAUCCUUGUAGUUACAUUUAUUGAUUUAUACAAUCCUAUUUAUAUAUCCACAUAGUUAUAUUUGUAGGUUUAUAGAGAACAUAUAUAUAUAUAUAUAUAUAUACAUCUAUACAGUUAAAUCUAUAUAUAGUUUUUGAUGUGAUAGAAUUAUAUUUAUGUGCAUGUAGUUACAUUUAUAGAUUUUAAAAUUGACAUUUAUAUACAUAGAGAGUAAUAAUAUAUUUUUAAUAUUUUUAUAUUUAUAAAUCUGCAUCGAUAUGUAGUUAGAGUUAUAUGGAUUUUUAGAUGGAUAGAUUGAUGUUAGUGUAGGUCUAGGCAGUAUUUUUACCUCUUUCCCCCUCGGCUGCCUUUUUCACCUCUGGCUUUUCCCCCUGUGCCCCCUGUGUCCCCUCUCCCUGGGCUGGGUCCGAGCUGGCGGCCGGGCCGGGCACAGCAGCAGUUCCAGCCCCGGAUGUCCCUGGAGCGGUGGGAGCU